GAAUGAUAGUGUCUAGGGCACUUGUGAUGAAGCACAGAAUUAUAUAUUUUUUAUUAUAACCAUGUUAUUAUCUUGGGGCGCCAACUCUCAUGGCCAGCUUGGUCAGGGUAUAGUCAAUGAACAAAUAGAGAAACCAACACAGGUUGAAAUAAAAUCUUUGCACUGUGAUGAAAUUACUCAGAUUGCAUGCGGUGGGGGCCACACUUUACUGCUUGAUGCGGAAGGGAAAUUGUACUCUUGUGGGUGGAAUAACAAAAGACAAUUAGGGAAAGAUGAAGAAACACACAGGUUUGAAAGAGUCUGGCAGCUCAGUGGCAUAUCAUUUGUAAAUAUUGCAUGUGGUUGGGAUUUCAGCUGUGGGGUCACUGAUAGUAACUUCUUGUUUGUUUGGGGAUCCAACAGCAAUGGCCAACUAGGAUUACCCAGAGAUCACUUCUCAGAAUUUGUUAAACCAAUAAGACUGCAAGUCAAUGCAAUGGAUGUUUCUAUGGGACUAAGGCACACAGCCAUUGUAAAUUCUAAAGGCGAAGUAUGGGUAACAGGUUGUGGCAAACAUGGUCAACUAGGUUUAGGAAAUGAGAGAUUGUCUUCAGAUAGAUUUGAGCAAGUACCCAAAGUUGGUAAAGUAUCCCAUAUAGCAUGUGGACAGAAUCACACGGUGACUUGGUGUUCUGAAGAAAAAGCUUUGUAUGUUUGGGGUGACAAUAAACAUGGGCAACUGUUGCUUAGCAUUGAAAAGUAUAAGAAGAUUUUCACACCUCAAAAGAUUGAUAUUGAUGUUAAAAAGGAAGUAAAAAAAUUGCUUAGCGGCUGGACCAAUGUUCUUUUAUGGUUGGAGAAUGGAACUAUGUAUACCUGGGGUCGCAAUAAUUAUGGUCAACUUGGAACUGAAGAUGCAUUUGUUGGUAAAAUAAUUAAGAUAAAUCUACCAGAUGAUAGAGAAGUCAAAGAUGUUGCUCUUGGAUCUGAACAUACAGUGUGUAUAGCCACAGACAAUACUUUAUGGGCAUGGGGCUGGAAUGAACAUGCUAACACAGGGACUGGCACCUGUGACAGUGUAAACACCCCAACUUUAGUGCCUUUAGACAUAGGUGCAAACAAAAUAUCAACAGUGUUUGCUGGGGGAGCUCAAAAUUUUGUAAUAGUAACUUUGAAUACUGAAACUAAAACUAUAAGUGACGAGACUUUUGAUAUCAAUGAUGAGGAAAGCACGGAAUAAGUAAUUAAAAUAAUAAUAAUGUUAUGAUCUUAUAAUAACCUGGCAAAAGUGCUUUUUAUGGUACAUCAUCAGGGGUUGAUUUGGGGAAAAGCAUGUUACUACCCAAACUAACAUAUGAAAUUUUAUUCAUUGAUUUUAAAUAGUUUAUAUUAUGUCCAGAUUGUUCAGUCAAAAUUAAACAACUAUGGUGCUUAAUUUUAUGGAGAUUAUUGUUGUUUUUUUAAAAUAAAACUAAUUUACAGUUAUUAAAUUUGUUUUAAUAUUAUUCUAGGAAAUAAUAAACUUUAUUUCCUGACAUGAGUGCUAUCUGUUAUUAUGUCAUGUUUGUUGAUUUACACAUCCCAGUGUGAAAUUAGAAACACUGCCAUAAUAAGUACAUUGAUUAUUAAUGAAUACCUGCCUUGUCUAUAAUCAAUACAAUUUGAUAGUAAUACUUUAAAUUCGUUUACACCGCCAUCUUAAUGUUACCAGAUGUGUAGUGAUGAAAGCUAUCAUCACUUGGAUUUACGUUUAAAUACUUCAUAUAAUCUUAUUGUUUCAUACAUGUUCAUUAUCAACUUCCCAGUAUGGUUGACUUACACUUAUUCAAUUUAUAAAUAUUAAUCACAUUGAUAUACAAAAUGGACGAGAAUUAGACCGACUGGCUUUGACACCUAAAUUGGAACAUUCCUUUAGGAAAUUUAUGAUCUUCAGUUUUGUUUUCUUAAUAUUGGAUAACCUUAUAAGGUGUCACUUAUUGAAGUCAAACAUCACUGCAAAUAAAGUAACUACUGCUCUAAAGCUACGAAGCAGUGGAAUAAAAUCUUCCAA